AUGGGCGAAUUAGGAGAGCGGCAAGAUCCAUCGGGUGGCAUCAUGUACAAUCAGUUCGACCGCGUUAGGGUGGAGUACACAUGGAAGGACCGCAUCCGUAAAGAGACUGAAGCACGACUAUCAGGUCCCCGGUCGGGCUUCCAGAUGAACAUGGCGCAGCUGAGCGCCAGCGGUGGCUUCCUCCACCUCAAGCACGCCCACAACCGAUUAGAGACAGUUGUGGAGAAGGAGAUCAAGCAAUCUCCGCAGCAGCGAAUGUCUGCAGAAGGGAUGGACCCCAACAGCAUGGAGGUCCUCGCCAUCAAGCACAUGGCGAGAAGGCCGCCGGAGAAGUUUGACACACCUAUGACAACCACACAUGAGCUAGGCUGGCUCUUGGAAAGCCCAGUGCAGUCGAAGACGCUCUUGCCGCCUCCGAAGGAAACUAUGCGGAAGAGUGGGAGCACUGGGCAGAUCAGUCACAUGCCUGGCACAUUGGUGUGUACCCUGCAGCCAAGGACGCAGCCGUACUCGCAGCUCUCCGUGACCACCCCCGCAAACUCGCUGGUCCUGGAGCGAACCUUAUCAGCCCCAAUACUUCCGAAGGGAGAGCCCCUUCCCGCGCUCCGGAAGAUCAACAAUCCCAGAUGGCGACGGCCGAAGAGCAGCUCAGAUGUCACACGCUACGCGGAGGCGUUUUACAACAUGAACGGCUGCAGUCCAUUUGCUUCGUCUGCUGGAAAAUGA